UGAUGAAAGUUCCAUCUUCCCAAUUUGUCUUGGAAACUCUGUCGAUGAAGAAGACCUUGCAGAAUUGGGAUACUCUUCAACUGCAAUGACAUGACAUCACUAAUCUCUGAAUCCUUUGAAGUUGCUCCAAAGGCAACUCCAAUUAUGGCUGACUUGCCCAAGGAGCAUUUUAUAGCAUCCGUCACGGAGGACUAUGAUGUCACGUGUUGGGGUUGUGGACUGCACCUCCUUCUUCCAUCACAUGCUCCAGUUUUCAAAUGUGGUUGGUGUGGAGCUUUAACAAAUCAGAAUGCAGGGAAACGAGAAUGCAAGUACUUUUGGUUGAGACGCUUGCGGGAUCGGUGCUUUGUCUGCAUUCUCCUCAUGUUUAUGCUCUUUGUGAUAUGUGGUGGAGUGUGGGCAGCAUUCCCUGUUCUUUUCUCUAUCAGCUAUUUCCAUGGAAUUUUUCACUCCAUCAUUGCCUUCAUCUUGUCUGUAACUACUGUUUAUACAUUCAGUUCUGCUUCGUUUGCAUGUGCUGGAACACCCCCAUGCGUAGUGUGGGGUAGCUAUCCAGCUGUGGGGAAAGGUGCCCUUGAGAAUUAUACCUUCUGUCAGCUCUGCUCAAAGCCAAAGUCACCUAGAAGUCAUCAUUGCCGAUCCUGUGGAAUGUGUAUUUUGGACAUGGAUCAUCACUGCCCAUUUAUUGGGAAUUGUGUUGGUGCAGCUAACCACCGACACUUCAUUGCCUUACUCAUUUCAGUUGUCACCAGUACAUUCUAUAUUUCUAUCAUGACUGUGUAUGUAUGUUGGCAUAUCUGGCCAUCCAUAACAUAUGAACCCUUCGACCACUCAUAUGGGUUUGGCAGUGAUUUUGCUCUGAGAGCUAUCCGUGAGAUUGUAUAUGGUUUGCUAAAAUCUGUAGUGCUUUUAUCCCCCAGAGGGCUUGUUUUGGUGUAUCUGUUUGUUUCAAGUGUUUCAUUGGGGAUAGGGUUGAGCAUACUUCUGUGGCAGCAACUCUGUUUUAUUUACGAGGGAAAGACCUACUUGAAUCAUUUAAACGAUGGAGUUGGAGAGAAGGAUUGCCAAAACCUUGUGCAGUUCUUUGGAUGCCCGUAUUCUUUCUCAAUAUAUUUGCCCCACUGCUCUCUCUCAAGAUUUUUGCCAAGUUUCCGAAAGAAGACACAGAGACACAAGAAGUAGAAGUAGCAUGUAAAGGAUAAUGAGGUCUAUUAUUUCUUUCCUCUUCCUUUCAUUUAUUUGUUAUAUAUUCUUUUUUAGGAAAGCUUGAUUGAGCUAUCAUAGUAAGCAAAAAUUUUGGGGCAGGGUGGUCGUAUACGCCUUUCUAUCGUAGCUACCCAUCAUGGAAGAGGUGAUUGUAAGGCGGGAGCCCUGCCCCCUACCACGAAACUUUCUCCCUGCUAGUAUGGUGGUUGCGACCAUUGCGAUUUCAAUGAAUUUUAUUUUUCCUCUGAUAA